AUGUUAAAGAUUAUUAUCAGACCAAUAUUCCUUUUAUCUUUUAUGCUUCGGGCAAGAUAUUAUCCUCAAAAACCAUUUGUUAAGCCAUCAGUUGGAUACCAACCUAGUUUUGCUUGGCGCAGUAUAAUUCAAGCUAGGUGGAUAAUACAGAAGUGUUCUAGGUGGUUGAUUGGGAAUGGUGGUAAUGUUCUGAUUUGGAAGAAUAACUGGCUUCCUUAUCAAAAUGGCUUUCGUUUUGGUCUCCCCCCAAGGUACUUAGAUAUUGGAGUUAAGAUCUAUGAAGCAUGGAAACGCCUAUCACUGGCGUUUCCAAGUGUUGGAAACGUUUUCGUCUCAGAAACUUGUUUGAAUUCUUCUAGUGCUUCUUCAUCGACAUAUGGAUAUGAUAGUCCCAUUUGGAAGAUGAUAUGGCACCAGGAGAUUCCACCCAAAGUAAAUCAUUUAAUGUUCAAGGCUUGUACUGAUCAGUUCCAUGUUUCCUCUGCCCAGUGUCGGCAAGGUAUAUUGGUUGAUAAUGUUUGCUCAUACUAUAAUGCUGGCAUUGAAAUAAUGAUCCAUGUCAUGAGAUAUUGCUCUUUUUCUAAGGAGGUUUGGGGUAAUAGUCCUAUUUGUCUCCCAGUUCUUGUCACUAAUCUCUCUAUGGCAGAUUGGAUUUUACAGUUGGUUGCAGUUUUAUGGCAAGAUCAAAUGGAGAUUGUCUUUAUGCUAGUGUGGGCAUUGUGGUAUUCACGCAAUUGCAGAUCUACUCAAUGGUAG